GAACAAGACAUUGUCUAUACGCGUCACACGGACCGUAUACCGUGUUGCACAGGUGGAUUUGGUGGUAGUUCGUUUUGGAAAAUCAGAGUUAUGGCGACUGAGACUGCCCCAAAUAUACCCUCAGAAUGCCUCGGACAUGGAAUAGAAGAGACUGAUAAAGGCAGAGCUGCCAUUAAAACCCAGUUUCUGACAACCAAAGAACAGUUCCAUGCGUUACUGGACUCUGGAGAGAAGUGUCUUCAUGGUGAAAAAGCCAGUGAUGAUACUGGGCAGAAAGAGACCGCAGAGGACUCUUUUGAAGAACCUCAAGAGAAGAAACUUAAAGUAGACCCCGAUGAGCAGGAGAGGACGGGGAAACAGGACAGUAAGCGAAUGCGGGGACAGAACAAGUCCAGGCCGCACAUGAAACCCACAAGCUACGACACCAGACGGCUCUGUCCUUCCAUCAUUCAGGAGCGUGAGGCCAAGUGUGUAUUUGGGGACAAAUGCAAGUUCUUCCAUGACGUUGCUGAGUACAUGGCCUCCAAGCCCGCAGACGUGGGCGAGCGCUGUUACCUCUAUGACACUUUUGGGAAGUGUCACUACGGCCUAAGCUGCCGCUUUGCCCGGGCCCACAUCAGCGCCGACUUGAAAAACCUGGUGAACGAGGAGCGCGUGGAGGAAAUGCUUGGGAGAAAGCCGGUGAGGAACAGCCUGGACAAGGACCUGCAGUGGCGACUCCGUAAGAAGGUGGUUCCUUUCACAGCAUCUGACGCCUACAUGAAAUCCGUUUUCAAAGGCGGACCGAAAGAGGCAAAAAAGGCUCAGUCGGCGGACAACGCUGAUAACUGCUGCUCAUCAGUGGCACAGUCUUUAUCUUCUGAUCAAGAGAAGCCCCAGAUAAAAGAGGAAUCUGAGGUUAUCCUGGAUAACAAAGCGAUAGUGAAGACCAUUGGGCCAUUGACUGAUACUGACAUCAUAAAGCUACGACAAGGUGAAAAGAAACAGGUGGACUUCAAAGAUAAGCUGUAUCUUGCUCCCUUAACAACAUGUGGAAACCUGCCUUUCCGUCGUAUAUGCAAACGCUUCGGUGCUGACAUCACAUGUGGAGAGAUGGCCAUGUGUACCAACCUACUGCAAGGGCAGUCGUCUGAAUGGGCGCUUCUCAAGAGACAUGAGAGCGAGGACCUUUUUGGUGUGCAGGUAGAGGGAUGUUUUCCUGACACAAUGACCAGAUGUGCAGAGCUACUCAACAACAACAUUGACGUGGAUUUUGUGGACAUCAACUCCGGGUGUCCAAUUGACCUGGUAUACAAAAAGGGUGGAGGUUGUGGCCUGAUGACACGUACCAACAAGUUUCAACAAAUCAUUACAGGAAUGAACUCUGUUCUGGAUGUCCCUUUGACUGUCAAAAUUCGUACCGGUGUUCAAGAAAAGACCAACAUCGCGCACAAACUGAUCCCAGAGAUGAAGACUUGGGGAGUGUCCAUGAUCACGUUGCAUGGGAGGUCCCGGGAGCAGCGCUACACCAAAUCAGCUGACUGGGACUACAUCAAUACCUGUUCUCAACUCGCCAGCCCCAUCCCACUCUUUGGUAAUGGAGACAUUUUGUCCUACGUCGACGCAAUGAAGGCCAGAGAGACUAACGUCUCCGGUAUUAUGCUGGCAAGGGGCGCCCUCAUCAAGCCCUGGAUUUUCACAGAGAUCAAGGAGGGGCGGAACUGGGACAUCUCGUCCAGUGAGAGGCUGGACAUCCUCAGGGACUUCACCCACUAUGGCCUGGAGCACUGGGGCUCAGACACCCAAGGCCUGGAGAAGACCAGGAACUUCUUGCUGGAGUGGUUGUCCUUCACAUGCAGGUACAUACCAGUUGGGUUGCUGGAACGAGUGCCCCAGAGGAUUAACGAGCGACCACCGUACUACUUUGGCAGGGACUACCUGGAGUCCCUCAUGGCUAGUCAGCAUGUCGGUGACUGGGUCAAGAUCAGUGAAAUGCUGCUUGGACCUGUACCAACAAAUUUCAACUUUUUGCCCAAGCAUAAGGCAAAUGCUUACAAAUGAGUUGUGUGUGAAUGCUUUACUAAUGUUGGAAAUGCUUUUUAAAAUAAUUAAAUGUCACUCUUGAGUCAGCAGUCCUCAAACAGUGCCUAUACAGGAUAUAGUCUACAUGUUGCUUUUCUUUUUUCUUUUAUUUUCUACAGUUAUCUAUACACCAUACUCCACCUUUGUGAGGGAAAGUUUUAUUUAAAGAAACAUGCAUGAAAAAUUCUACAGUUCAUUCUUGGUAAAAGUCUUUGGCACUAAUUCGGCUGUUGGGAUCAAUCUCUACACACUCUGGCUGGUCAUCUCAGGGAAAGUUAAAAAAAAGUAUUCGCUUUGGCUGUGUUUUCGGGUCGUAAAAUGGAGACAGAGGUGAAGGGUAGAGAUGGAAUUGAUCACUGUCUCCGGUGGGGAGCUGCAAAUGUGCAUGGAGCUGCAAAUGUGCAUGGAGCUGCAAAUGUGCAUGGAGCUGCAAAUGUGCAUGGAGCUGCAAAUGUGCAUGGAGCUGCAAAUGUGCAUGGAGCUGCAAAUGUGCAUGGAGCUGCAAAUGUGCAUGAAGCUGGGAGUGACACCACUGGGUCCCGGGUCUGUACCUUCCACUUCUUUAAUGAAUAUAUUUACCAUGCUCCAAAGCAUAUUCAAGGCCUUUCAAAUAUUUCUCUGCUUUUUGUCCCAUAAUUCUGUUGAAAGCCCCCUUGUGCUCAAGGUUCAUCGCUUUCUUUGCAAUUCGCUACCCAACUGAGGAAACAAAAAGAAACUGUAAAAUGUAUCCAGAAAUCAUGUGAAAUAUUUUUGAAAUGCAUGAAUCUCUGAGGUACUGACACAACAAAAUGUCAAUGUUGAAGGGAGGGAAAGAUAUUCUAUAGGCACUGGACUGCUAACAUGAUAAUUAGACUUAUGCACUAAUUGUCAUUUCAAAAUGCUAAACAAUUAGCAUUCAUUUACAUUUUUAGUGUUGUGUAUCUUUUUUUUGAUGUAUUCUUUCUUACCAACUGAAAUACUGUAAGUUGAAUAAAAAUUGCUUUAAUUCUUAA